CGCCGCUCCCGGAGGCCACCGACCACCGUGCACGCCUUCAUGCGGCAGCUCCUAACGGGCGCCAAGGGGAUGCAGGAGUCCCGCAUUGUCCACCGCGACAUCAAGCCCGGCAACGUCCUUGUCCUGGAAGGCGGGGAAGUCCUGAAGAUCUGCGACUUCGGACUGGCCAUGUCGGAAACCGAGCAGCCGCCGCGCAAGCAGGCCGGCACGAAGCUGUACCGCACGCCGGAGAUGCUCAUGGGGAAGCCGGACUACGACGCGCUCACGGACGCGUGGUCGCUGGCCGCUUCAUGGCGGAGCUCGUCAGCGGCGACAUACUGCUGCGGCGCGUGGCACUGCCCCGAGGAGUUCGCCUAUCUCUGGACUAUCUUCGGGGUGCUGGGAACGCCGAACGACGCAACAUGGCCGGGGUUCACCUCCCUGCCGUUCGCUUCCACGAUGCCGCCGCUGAAACUGGAGCAGCGCAGCCGGCUGCGCAAGCUGAUCCCGGAGGACAGAUGCUGUCCGGGGAAGGAUAUGAGGUCAUGAAGGGCCUUCUCGCAUGCAACCCAGACAAGCAGCUGACGGCUGCCGGCGCGCUCAAGCUUCCCUGGUUCGCCGACGCCUCAAACUCUGCUGCCGCUGGUGCUGAUGUCGGCAAGGAGGUGGCAAUCGCCAGUUGCCCAGGAAGGAGUAGCUGAUGAUCAAUUCAUAUUCGCCGAAAACUUCUAGAGCUGAAGAUGUUGUAAAUGUUGCAAUGCACUCUGUUCCUUCCAGAUUGCAGAGUAAUCGUCUCUG